AUGGAGGUAGGACGCGGAGAGAACACCCGAUCGCAGUACUUGGAGUACAUCGAUCGUGGUUCUGUCACUCCGGAAACAUUUACGUCGGCACCAACGCUCGCGCCAAUCGCCGUGACUGUGGAAAGCACCAAUAUGGUAGUAGUGGGUUUCUUGAUUGGAUUGAUCAUUCUCCUCUCGAUAUUGUUUCUUAUCAUGUCAGCGCCCCCGAUUAUGCGGUAUAUUCAACGGAGGAGAGAAGCUGAUCCGAAACGGAUCGAACUUCGCUACGCAACGAUAGAAAAAUGGCUCAUCAGCAAACGCGUUCUGGCUCAUUCGGAAAAUUGCGAGAUAUUCAGUUGCACCCGCUCGCAUGAAACUAAAGGCAGCAAUAACCACCUGAAGCCAAUGGAUUCCUGCGACACUGUGGAAACAGAUGACGAAAGUUCUUGUAGAGUCGGAAGAGAAUGUCCGAUUUGCAUGGAGGAAUUUCUUGUCGACGAUGUGGUCUCCUGGUCACCUUGUCUACAAGGAACGUGUAGUCAUGUUUUCCACCAUCGAUGCAUCAAGGUAUGGGAAUAUAUCUAG